AUGAUUAACUGAAAACAAGCAAAGAAAGCCUAAAAGCAGCAGCAUUUAUCUAAGCUUUAUCUUUCACUGAGUGGAUCUACGACAGCACUAUGACGGGCCUUUUAUUUCUGCUUUGCGUUAUACAUGUGCUGUCAGUGGCUGAAGCUCAGCAAGGAACGUAUCUCAUUACGGCACCCAAAGUUCUGCGAGUUGAUGCGUCAGAGACUGUGCUGGUGCACUUGUACGACUAUGACCAAGAAACCACAGUGAACCUUUACCUCAAAGACAGUCUGGCCUCUGAAGGCAGAAUUUAUGCGUCUCAGACUCUUAAACUCAACGACAAAAACAAUUACCAAGCUGCAGCUACUCUACGGAUUUUACCAAACAUUGCACAAGAGGUCACCCAUCUCCACCUGCAGGCCAUAUCUAGUUCCUUCACCAGGGACCAGAAAAUACCACUCAUUCGUAACAACGGUUUUCUCUUUAUCCAGACUAAUAAACCACUAUAUACGCCCGAACAGCAAGUUGAGGUGCGAGUGUACUCUUUGAAUGAGGAGCUGAGAAAGACUAGCAGACCUGUUUUCCUCACGUUCAAGGACCCAGAUGGCAUCAAAGUGGAAAUUAUUGAGAUGAAUGACAUCCAUGGUGUGAAACCAUUGCUUCCACCAUUCAAAAUACCCUUGAAACCUAAGUUUGGGAUCUGGACAAUCGAGGCUGCUUAUGUUACAAACUUCACUACAACUGCUGUGGCUAAAUUUGAGGUCAAGGAAUAUGUGUUACCCAGCAUCUCAGUCCGUAUCCAGCCUGAAGCAAACUACGUCAGCAUAGUAAACUUUGAGGCCUUCAAACUAAAGAUAUUUGCCAAAUAUGUCAGUGGGAAAGCAGUCAGUUCAGCAGAUGUCUUCGUGAGGAUCGGAUACAUCAAUAAUAAUGUUGUGGUCAUGAUAGCACAAUCAUUAAGACUGUAUAAGAUGUAUAAUGGUGAAGUGGAAUUUGAGUUAAAUAUCAAACGUGAGCUGUCCAAGGCAAACUCUGGGCCUCAAGACCUGUGGGAAAUGCAAGACCAUUUCCUCCGUGUGGCUGUUUUGCUAAAAGAGUCUACCGGUGGCAUCUCCCAGGAGGCAGUUCUGUCUAACGUGAAGUUUGUUCAUUCUCCUUUCACCCUGAGUCUGAUCGCUACUCCGCCUUUCAUCAAGCCAUCUUUACCAUACCACAUCAGAGUUUUGGUGAAGGACCCACUGGGUGAAUCAGUGAAAGAUGUGCCAAUAAAGGCAAGAAUAACACUAAUUAACAAUAAUAAUGAAUAUGAAGAGCUCCACGGACAUCAAAAUGAACUCAGACAGACAUCCAGAAACGAUGGUAUCGCAUAUUUUGUUUGCAAUAUUCCUGAUAAUGUUGCAAAAGCUGAAAUUACUAUUGAAACAGAUGAUUCUAAAUAUCCACCACAGAGCCAGGCUCAGCUUAAACUCAACACUUUGGCCUAUGAGUCUAUCAAUCAGCGCUAUUUGUAUAUCAGGUUACCUUCACCUUCAUUCAAUGUAGACGAUUAUCCCUCUAUCAAAAUUAACUUUCAGUAUCGUGACUAUCUUCCAUUGAAGACCUUCAGUUACCAGAUCCUUUCAAAGGGGAAAGUGGUAAAGUUUGCCACAGAACAGCGGAUAGCUGAUAAAGUCCAGAGCAUUAACUUUAAGGUGACUUCUAACAUGGUGCCAUCUGCCCGCCUGGUGGUCUAUUAUAUCCUUUCUGGAGAGCAGAGAGCUGAACUGGUUGCAGAUUCUGUGUGGUUCAACGUCAAUGCCAAAUGUGUCAACGAUUUAGAUGUGAACCUAGCCUCUCAAUCUAAGGACUACAAACCCAAAGACAAGCUUAUGUUGUCAGUACAGACUAAGAGUAUGAACGAAAAGUCCCUGGUGGCGCUGUCAGCUGUAGAUACAGCCCUGUAUAACCUCAGAGCUAAUGAUAAAGACCCACUAAACAAGGUAGUGCAGCAAUUUGAGCACAGUGACCUUGGCUGUGGAGGAGGAGGAGGCCAAAAUAACGCUGACGUCUUCAGCCGUGCUGGACUGACUUUUCUUACAAAUGCAAAUGUUGAGGCCUUUAACACAGAUGAGACCUGCACAGCUGUGGUCAGACCCAAACGCUCCACUCUUUCAGAAACGGAGAUGCAAGAACAUGCCAAUAAGUACAGCUAUUAUAAACCAUGCUGUCUACAGGGACUGCAAGCCAACCUUUUUCUAGACACCUGCUUAAGUGCAAGCCAGAAAAUUUCAAGUGAACAUGCUCUAUGCAAUGAAGCCUUCCGUCGAUGCUGUAAAUUUGCAGAACAACAUCGUAUAAAACAUCAGGGUCCAGUCCUUCUUCAUCGUCCAGCACAUAGAUUAGACAUACCGUUACAUCACGUCCAGAAAGAUCACUCUAAUCUUUCUCUGAAUGAAAGCUUUGAGGAACAUGCCAAACAAUAUGAAGAACAUAAAUCAUGCUGCCUGCUGGGAACUGAGAGUAGUCCAACUUCAGAGACCUGUGGGGAUCGUAGCAAUAAAUUACAAAACAAUGAUGAACUGUGUAAGAUAGCUUUCCACGAAUGCUGCAUUGUUGCUGAAAAUUUUCGGAAAGAAAACAAGAGUAUGGGCACUCUUGAUCAUUCAGGAGAUAAAUUAGACACACUGUUGCAUGCUGUCCAGACAGAUCGCUCCAACCUCUCUCUGAAUGAAAGGUUUGAGGAACUCGCCAAACAAUAUGAAGAACAUAAAUCAUGCUGCCUGCUGGGAACUGAUAGUAGUCCAACUUCAGAGACCUGCUGGGAUCGUAGCAAUAAAUUACAAAACGAUGAACUGUGUAAGAUAGCUUUCCAUGAAUGCUGCAUUGUUGCUGAAAAACUUCGGAAAGAAAAUGGGAGCAUGGACACUCUUGAUCAUUCAGGGUUCCUGAUUGUUGACAAACCUUUGACUGCUGUCCGGACAAAGCGCUCUGAUCCCUCACUGAAUGAAAAAUUAAAGGAAAAAGCUGAAGGAUAUGGACAUUUUAAAAAAUGUUGCCUAGAGGGAACUGACAGUACCCCAACUCUGGAGACUUGCAGAGAACGUACCCGGAAAUUAAAGACCAUUCAUAUACCAUGUAAGGUAGCAUUUCGUGAUUGUUGCAUCUAUGCUGAAAAGCUUCGGGCAGAAAGUAUCAGUGUCACCCUUGCUCGUUCAGAAAUAGAAUUUCUGCAGGAGGUGAUGUUUGAGCAGGUCCGAAGCUACUUCCCAGAGAGCUGGUUGUGGGAAGAACACGAAACUGAGAGGUCAAAAGCACUAACGAUCACUAAAAAUCUUCCUGAUUCUCUGACUACAUGGGAGGUCCGAGCUGUUGGGGUGUUCAACAAUGGAAUAUGUGUCGCAGAUCCCCUGCAACUGUCAGUUCAGCAGGCAGUGAGUUUAGAUGUACCUCUGCCUUACUCUAUGGUGCGUGGGGAGCAGAUUGAGCUCAGGGGCUCAGUCUACAAUGAGUAUGACAGAGAUAUAACAUACAGUGUGACUUUGUCGGCAUCAGAGGGUGUGUGUGUGUUUCGUGGAACUCUUCUAGCAGAGGAUGGUCACCCAAUGAACAGUGGCCAGAUUGAGGGCCAUUCUGUGGCACUAGUCCAGUUCUUCAUCAUGGCAUUAGAAGUGGGCAGUCAUAAACUCAGCUUCACUCUUAAAACCUUACGGCGAAGUGAGACAGUGGUCAAGACACUCAGAGUGGUGCCGGAGGGCAUUAGGAAGGAAAUAUUUGUUGGAAGAAGGCUUGAUCCAAAUGGCAUCUAUGGCACAAGUGUGACACGUAUUGAGCUCAGAAACUCUCUUCCUCCAAACAUUGUGCCCAAGUCCAAUGUGGAACGUCUGCUAACAGUAAACGGUGAGGUGCUGGGAGAGUUGCUGUCCAUAAUUAUAAACCCAAAAGGCAUCAUGCAGUUGACUAACCUGCCCAGAGGCUCUGGAGAGGUGGAGCUUAUGGGUCUUCUUCCCAUCUUCUAUGUGUAUGAUUAUAUUGAGCAGUCUGAGCAGUGGGGGAAGAUAAUGGAAUUUGGAAACAACAUUCUGCUAAAGAGAAUGCUAAAACAGGGAAUCACCAGUAUUAUGUCAUUCAAGUCUAAGUGGGAGAACAGUUUCAGUUUAUGGAAGAACAAAGAACCCAGCACAUGGCUGACUGCUCUGGUGGUGAAGUCUCUGGCUUCUGUGGACAAAUAUGUCACAGUGGAUCGUGAUCAGCUUUCUGGCACUAUUCGCUGGCUGAUUACAAACUGUCAGAAUCCAGAUGGCUCUUUUAAGGAGACAUCCAGUUACAAGCCUGUAAAGCUCAUGGGUGCUGGGGCAGAUGUCACUGAACAGUCUGUGUUUCUCACAUCGUUUGUAAUAAUCGGGAUCAAAAAUGCUUUGACCAUUCCAAAGUCAAACUUACAAAUAUAUGAACAUGCUGUGGAGAAGGCAACAUUAUACUUGUCCUCACACGUAACAAAGGUUAAAAGUUUAUAUGUGAGAGCCAUAGCAGCAUAUGCCCUGACGCUUAUUGACCUCAGCAACCAUCAUGCUGUCAUGCUCUAUGGAAAGCUUAAGAAAGAGGCAAAAGUUAAAGGAAACCCAGUAACAGUCCGGUAUUGGGAGGACGACAAUGCCCCUCAGGACCCACUAAAGCCAAACAGGGCCUCUGCACAGUCAGUGGAGACCACUGUCUAUAUGCUCCUCAACACUUUAUUCAGAGGAGACCUAACAUAUGCCAAGCCGAUCAUCCAGUGGCUCACUGAUGAUCAACGAUAUGGAGGAGGUUUCCACUCAACUCAGGACUCCAUUCUAACACUUGAAGCCUUGACCAAGUACAGUAUCAUAGUUCGUAGAGCCGUUUUACAAAUGGAGGUCGAUGUGUCAUAUCGGAAGAAAGGCAGUAUCAGCCGCAUUUCUCUGACCCAGAGUAACCCUGUGGGCAAACCCAUUGAGAUAGAACAUGCUGAUGAUGUCAUACUGAAAACUGGAUUCAGCGCAGGCGUGUCAUUUGCUAAUUUGAGAACAGUCUAUUAUGAAAUGGCAGACAACAAUAUUAACUGCAACUUUGACCUGUCAAUAGAUGUUCAUCCCCGAAACCCAAAUUCACGAGAUCCUAUUGUUCUUUCACCAAGGAUAGUUGCCUGUGCCAAAUAUAAGCCACGUAAGAAUGAGGUUGAGAACGAGGCAGGUCACACAGUAAUGGAAAUUAAUCUGCCCACUGGUGUGAGCCCCAUCCAAGAGGACCUUAAAAGGUUUAGGGAUGGACUCGAGAGUCGUAUUUCUGACUAUGAAAUAAUAGACAACCAAGUGAUUCUCCAGAUGGAUUCUGUACCUUCAGAGGAGUUCUACUGUGUGGGUUUCCGCAUUCAGGAGGUGUUUAGAACUGGCAUGAACAGUGCCUCUGUGUUCAAAGUGUAUGAAUACCAUGAGCCAGACAGCCAGUGUACACAGUUGUACUACAGUCAGAGCCGCAGGCUCCUCCGUCUCUGUGAUGGAGACCAGUGUCAGUGCAUGGCAGCUGAAUGCUGCAAACUCAAGGCCAACAUUGACCCAACUCUUACUGUUGAACAGAAAAUACAAGACAUAUGCAAAGGCAACAUCAAAUAUGCUUUAAAAGUUAAAAUAACAUCAACUGAAGCAGAAGGCGAGUUUCUGUCAUACAUUGCAAAUCUGGAAGCAGUCAUUGAGAAAGGGUCAUUAGACAUUACAAGGAAAUCUGAGGUCAGCUUUGUAAAGAAGGCAACUUGCACCUCAACAAAUUUAGAAAUCGGCAAGCAGUACCUGAUUAUGGGUGCAGAGAUCAUGCAGGUUCGAGUAAACCGUAGUUACAAGUACAAGUUUCCACUGGAUUCACAAACCUUGGUGGAGUGGUGGCCCUCGGAUUCUGACUGCCAAACUAGCUCUUGCAAACAAUAUACAGAUGUUUUAAGUAAUUUUGAAUUUGAUUAUCUUAGUAGCGGCUGUGCUUAGGGUGGCUGUUCUACAUUUAUAACAUCUAUAGUUUCAUUCAUUCUGGAACAUUUUGGCAUUUGUUGAAGAUAUUUCUAUUUCCUUUUACAAGCUCUCAUAACAGUUCCUGUUUUGGACAGGCUAUACAAAUGAUAGUACAUAUGAUUUAUACAUAAUAUACAUAUAAAAAAAUAAUCCACAAGGCACCUGGAAUAACAUGAACACCAUAAACAACAGGGCAUAUUUUUGUUAAGCCUGCUAACAUGUAACAUUUCAUCUCACAUUUUAACACAAAUUUUAGCUCCUUUACGCUUCAUAAACAUAAUUCAUCCGAACAUGAUAGAAAAUAUUGCAUAUUCUCAUACAUAUUGUGCAUUAGCAAAUUAGUCUUUGACAAUAGUAAAGUUUUUUAAAUGUUACAGUAGAUACCCUCUUGCUGCCUGUUAAACAAAAUCAGGUGUAUAUAGUUCCUGCUACUAACCUCUAUAUCAUGUGACCUCUGUAUCAUGUUCUCAAUGAAUUUGAAAAAUUGCUUAAACAACCAAUCAGACUAACUAAGAAAACACAUCAGGUUUUGUGAUUAUUAGACAUACACUAAAGGGCAAAAGUGGAUCUCCAACCUCUUGUAAAGUUGGAAGCAAUUUGCAAUGCAAGUCUUUGUAUGCUGCAGCAUGAAAUUUCCAUUCACUUCAAUGAUUUGCCAUGGUUGCAGUGGAAGAGCACCUUGAGGAUGAACUCGAGCACUAACUGCACCUCAGUCCUCCUCACCAAACAUCAGUGCCUGAUAUCAAUAAUGCACUUGUGGCUGAAUGAUCACAAAUCCCCACUGCCAUCCUCCAAAAUUCAUAGUAAAGCCUACCCAGAAGUUAUUAUAACAGCAAAGGCUCACGGUAAUUGGGUGAAAAAAACACAUAUGGGUGUUAUGGGCAGGUGUUUGGCCAUGUUAGAAUCUACCCAAAUCUGUUGCCACAAAAGUACUUAGAAUACCUAUACCUAGAAUGCCUUAUGUAUGCUGUAGCAUUAAGAUUUCCUUUCACUGGUACUAAGAGGCCCAAACCUGUUCCAGCAUAAGAAUGCCCCUGUGCAGAAAGCGAGCUCCAUGAAGACACGAUUUCCCAAAGCUACCAAUUUGUAAAUUGGAAAAAAAAAUAAGUAAGAUACAAAUGUAUUCCUGUCCUGUGUGGUCCUUUGCAAUAUUUGCAUUUUUUUUUGGGUCCAAUUUGGCCACCACCCAUUGCAAUCAUUACAGUGACAACACUUACUGUAUUAUCAUUCAUGUUAAGAGUCUAUCUCUACUCAUUCAUAUUUUUUUCCAUCAUUCCAUUACCCUGUUGCUCAAUUCUUCAGAUUGUUGUGUGUUCCAAUAUGUUAAUGCUUCUAUAGUAACAAAUAAUUGGACAUGCGACAUAAUCUAAGCCUAAUAAUUACUCAUUUUAAAAAAAUUAAAAACAUAUAAACAUU